AUGACACCGGAUCUGUUUGAAGCGGCUUUUUUUGGUGACACUCGGGAUAUAGAGCGCUCUCUGAAUGCUGGUCAGGAAGCUGGAUGUGUGAAUAAGCACGGUCAGACAGCACUCCAUAUUGCAGCAGCCAAUGGUCAUGUGGCCUGUAUAGCUUCUGGGUGGUACUGGUGGUACACGGAGCAUGUAAAGCUGACUGAAGCAUUCUCCGAUAAGACUAUGUUAGUGAAUCGCGGUGUAAAUGUGGACACGCUAGACAACAACCAGUGUACACCACUACACUGGGCCACACGGCAUGGACAUCUGGAUGCGAUCAAGUUCCUGUUGGAAAACGGGGCUUCUUCAGAGCGAACUACGGGUAAAGGCUACACACUGAUGACUCUGGCCCGAGGGCAGGGGAAUUCCGACGUGGUCCACUUCCUCAAACAGAAACUAGGUAUAGUUAAGGGGUUGGGAAAACCGGAGUGUACGGAGUCACCUAUUGCAGGUGCCCGUCCCCAAAUAGCUGACGAACCUGCCGAGAAAAAGGUGCAAUAG